AUGGAUUCUGAAAUUGUUGUCUCGUACAAUGAUAAAAAAUUGCUCAUCGCCAAUUCUCCAGUUAGCAUGAUUCGGAAAUAUGCAAAUGAUGAAUUUCAUAUUGUUGUUGAAAAACAACCAGCAACUAUAUACGACGACGAAGAAAUUGACACAAAUGUUAAUAAUAGCAUCUAUAAUAGCAAUAAUAUUAACAUUGAUGAAAAUACUGAUGUUAUUUAUAAAGAUAACAAUCACAGCACCUUUUUUGAGAUUAAUAAUAAUAUUAAUCAUAAUGAAGAUAUCGAUAUUUCUAAAGACAUUAAUAACAACAUCAAUGGCAUUAAUCAUAUUAAUGAAGAAGAUAUUAAUCAUAAUGAAGAUAUCGAUAUUUUUAAAGACAUUAAUAACAAUAUCAAUGGCAUUAAUCAUAUUAAUGAUGAAGAUAUUAAUGAAGAUACCAAUGAAGAUACCAAUGAUAUUUAUCAAAAUGAUAUUUAUUGUGAUUGUAAUAUUCUUGCAGCUAGGUUUAGAGUUAAAAAACAAAAUGAAAAUUAUGGGAGGUAUUUUUAUUGUUGCGCUAAAAGUCCAAGAUGUCAAUGCGAGUUCUUUUUAUGGGGGGAUGAAUAUGAUGAUAAUGAUUAUAUUUGUUGUGAUUGUAAUCUUAUUGCUGCUAGAAUUAUGGUUAAACAACGAACCAUGAACCAUGGGAGGUAUUAUUAUAUGUGCGCUAAUGAUCCAGAAGGUAAAUGCCAAUUCUUUAAAUGGGUAGAUUAA